CCUUUGAAGGGGCUGUAGGCGGAGAGCGCCUGCGCCGCUCGGGCCGGACAACGGGCGAUGGCUCCUUUCCGAAAGCGGAGUAAAAGUUGUCCUUUUCUGAGCCAGGAAUUCCUGAUCCAGAACCACGCCGACAUCGUCUCCUGUCUCGUCGUCCUGGUGCUGAUUGGGCUCAUGUUCGAGGUCACAGCCAAAAACAUUUUGGGAGUUCUGUAUGAUUUCUGACUCUGUCUUCAAUCCCAUCUUCUCUCUUUCUCUCUGUCUCUUUCUCUCUCAGAUGGAGAAGUUGUUUAUUAUCUCUAUGGGACCAGUGACUUUGUCACCAUCUUGUUCUACAUCUGCAUCACCAUUAUCCUACAUGCAGUCGUCCAGGAAUAUGCACUCGAUAAACUAAACAAACGGCUCCACCUGUCGAAGAUCAAACACAGCAAGUUGAAUGAGUCGGGUCAGUUGAUCGUCCUUCAUCUCAUUUCUGGAAUCUGGGGCUUUUACAUCGUUGUGACAGAAGGUUAUGUGACUAACCCAAGCAGCCUCUGGGAGAAGUAUCCUCACAUCGAGCUCUCCUUCCAGGUGAAAUUUUUUUUCCUGUGCCAGCUCUCCUACUGGAUACACUCGCUACCAGAGUUAUACUUCCAAAGAGUGCGGAAAGAGGAGAUUCCCCGACAGCUGCAGUACAUCGGUCUCUACCUCCUGCACAUUGCAGGCGCUUACCUACUCAAUUUGACACGGUUGGGAGUUCUGCUGUUGGUGUUACAGAGCGUGACAGAGCUGGUGUUUCACACAGCCCGUUUAUUCUACUUCAUCCAUGAAAACAACCAGAGGUUUUUUAAUGCCUGGGCAGUAGUCUUUGUCAUGACCCGUCUAAUGACCUUAACUCUCGCUGUGUUGGUCGUGGGAUUUGGACUCUCCCGUGUUGAACAUCAGACCUUCGAUAUGGACAAAGGAAUCUUCAACAGCCUUCCUAUUCGGUGA